CUUGCUCUGGUCAAGCGCGACAGAUUCUGGAAAAUGAUUUCUUUCCAUGUCUCUCCAGGCUUCUGUUCCCAAGUUCGACAGGAUCCCCUGGCUUUGUGAGGCCAGCCUGAGAAACAAGCCCCUGGUGCUCAGCCUCCCCAAAAGAUACCCUCAUGGCUCUGCCACGUCUCUGAAUUCAUGGAGGAAGGAUGUGAAUUCGCCAAAUACGUUUCAAGUUCCAAAUGGCUUAUCUAAGGCCAGGAGGAACCAGAGAGGCCCCAUGCUGGGCAGGAACCAGCAGCUGUGCUCCACAUGCCAGGAAGUGAGAAUGGUACAACCAAGAAUGAUGAUGAUCCCAAAUGAUCUGAAACAUUCCUUUGAGAAUUGUAUGAGUCAUAGAAUGAAGAGUCUUCAGCCACCAAAAGCUCAGACUGAACCCAGGUGUUCCCCUGAUGACAUCUCAACAGAAAAGGACCCUACUGACCUAUCAGACGACCUCAUAGGUAUCUGUCGAGAAGUGUACGUUCUCUCUCCCAAAUACCUUCUUAUCCUGGUUUCCUUGAUGACCAAGGGUACAUAUGUGGAAACAACUGCCUGGAGUAGAAGAGAAAGUCUGUCCUUACCAGGAUUGAGAAGUGGGCACUCCCAGCCCCUCAGCAGCUUGGGAAAGACUCGCCGGAGCUGGUCUUCCGGCCACCUGUGUGCCACACGCCAACCGGACUUCCUCAGGGAAGGCCUGCAUGGCGGCCUUGCAAACCCAGAGACCUAAAGUAACCACAAAGGAUGGUGUGAAAUGAAAACUUUUUAAUUAAAAAGCAGUCUCUGGUGGGUGGUCAUGUCUUAGGCCAGUAUCUUCCCUGACAAAGAUCAAUUUUGAUUUUAACUGAGCCUAUUGUCUUUUUGCAUCUAGAUAAC